AUGUUUUCUACAGACACAGAUGUCAUCUUCUAUAAGCAGAAAAUCGUUGCUCUGAAAACAGAUGGAGAAGUUGUUAUAAUAGAUGCUACUCCUGAGUUUAAGGUUGAGCAGAUACUAGAACCACCAGAUUUAUUCCGUCCUACUCAAAAGUUGUAUCUGGUAGAAUCUAACGAUGACUUGUUGAUUCUUAGUCGGGAAUUAUACCUUAAAGAAUAUGUUUUUAGAACAAGUGGGUUUCUUGUUUAUAAGCUAGAUUUGACGAGGAACAGUUCAGGUUCUAUAAAUGCUGAGUGGUAUGAGGUGAAAAGCUUAGGUGACUGGAUUCUUUUUCCGGGUUUGUGUCCAUCUUCAUCUUUCACGAUCCAUGAUUUUCCUAGAUGUAAAGGGAACUGCAUAUAUUUUACUGAUGAUAAUUUGAAUGGUCACUUGGAUGUUGCUAGAAAGGGAUUUGGUGUUUCUUAG